AUGCGUGCCUUCACCGCUCUUUUCUCCAUCGCCACUUUGGCUCUCGGCGUCAUCGCCACUCCUUCCCCUGAGGCGGAGAGCAGCUACGAGCUCGUCAAACGCAACUGCGGUGGCGGUAGUGUUCAGUGCUGCAACAGCGUUCAAUCAUCCAGUAGCACGAACUUCACCCGCAACACCUACUUCUACCUCCUUUUCCUCGGCUUCACCCCCGCUCAAAUUGUUGCGCUUCAACAGGCCCAGGCGAGCAACAACGGCGUGGCCGUUGUUUGCUCGGGCUCUGGCAGCGUGUCAUGCAACCAGCAGAACGUCUGCUGCAACGGCAGCCACUUCAGCGGCCUGAACGUUCAGGCUUGCAACGCGGUCAACGCUUGA